AUGAUAAAGAGCUUGAAAGUUAGUAAAUCAAAGUAUUUGGGGCCGUUAUGUGUUGGAAUCAUAGCCUUUCCAUUUUUGUACGAGUAUACGAAGGAGUUCUACUGGACACAGCGCCUUAAGAAACUCAAUAUGGAUGAGAUUAUUUCCGACAGAUUUACAUGGCUGCAUCACUGUAUGAUUGUAACGAUAAAACAACAUAAAAUGGUACUUGAGAGUUUGGAUUAUUCACAUCUUUACACUGAUUACUAUAAAGAUAAAGUGUAUCUACCGAGUGAAGAUACCUUUUUCUUUGUAGAUAUACUUCACAAUGAAUUCAAAAACAUCUUUGAGAAGAACCCACGCUUAAUACUGGAAUUAGGCUCUGGAAGUGGCUACAUAACAACAUAUUUGCUAAAAAUGUUUAAAUCGCACGAAAAUGAUACACACAGUGAAACGAAUGUUUCAAUGCCGUUCUGCGUAUGUGUUGACAUAAACAAGUACGCUGCCGAGAGUACAAACAACAUGUUAAAAUCUAACGGCGUGAAGUCAUAUUGUGACUCCAUUUGUAUGGAUAUGUUCUCCAAUAUAAAUAAAGUCAAGUUUGACAUGAUCAUAUUCAACCCACCAUAUGUGCCAGGAACGGCAGAGGAUGGCAAUGACGUACUAGACAUGGCCUGGAACGGAGGGAAGGACGGUUCCGAAACAAUUAUAAGAUUCAUAAAAACUAUCGAUAAUUAUUUGGACAAGGAAGGAUGUGCAUACCUGUUGUUGGAAGAAAGGAACAAAGUGGAUGAAAUCGUUAAAAACAUAAGGAGAACAAACCACGGAAUAGAGGCAGGUUCUCUUAUAGUCAUAAAUUCCACAGGUUCUCGGACGUAA